CAUGGCACAAACAAAUGCUGAAACCCGUUUGCGCCACCUUGCUACGCAGUACGUUCUUACUACUUACCGACAACUUAGUCGAGCCGUUCUUAUUAAUGUUUUAGCUAUUUCAUAAGUACUUCGCAGUUUGAGAUAAUUCUCGUGCACUUGAUAAAUGCGUUUUUUGCGCAAAUUUUCUGAGCUUUAAUAACGGAAAUGCUGUCUGUUCUUCCGGAACAAAAAAUCGAAGUGACCGAAAAUGCAAGCCGGAUAAAUGGCGGAACAGGGAACAGCACCACAUGGAUUCGUCCAUCACUUGGCCGAGCAGCCGGUCUCGCCGAACUUUAUGACGCCUACCAUGGUACAUUCUUGGGAAUUAGCAUCAUGAAGGAUGUCAUACCGUCACCUUGUAGGAACAUAACGUCCACAACACAUUCCGAUAUCGAAAUUGUCAUCUCCGAUACGCUGGAAGAAAAAUUUGAUAAAUUCGACAUUCGUGGUGACCUAAAGCUUGGAGUGGCAUGUAAUCUGGUAUCCGUUAGCGGUUGUGGAAAAUUUCUGUACGAAGAAAAACAAACUUCGCAAACAGCAAAAGCGACACUCCUCUUCCAAAUCCGAACUGUAGAAGAGUCACUGAAUUUAUCCCACACUGCGCUGAAGGAUGUUAUUUCGGAGAGAGCUAUGUUAUCCCCGCAAGCUACCCAUAUCGUUGCGAAAGUGGGUUGGGGAGCCUACGCUGCAGUUACUCUUGAAACAGUUGUGUCAAAAAAUGAAAACGUAAAGGACGUGGAAGGCCAGUUGGAAGGCAUGGUAACUGGAUUGAAAAAAUCGAUCGGUGCCGGUGGAAAUAUAGAACUAGACAAGUCGAAUUUUCGGGACAUCAAAACAGUUUCCUUUAAGAUGUAUGGUGAUGUUGACUUUCCGGCGGAUGUUGCAGUUUCAUUGGAAUCUAUACAAACCUUUAUGCAAACGCUACCUGCACUAGCGAAGAGUGUUAACGAUGGUAAAGGAGUGCCCGUGUCAUACACGCUAGUGCCAGUACAUAUCUGUUGCCAAGUACUGGGCGUUACUGCUGAGAAGAGUCGUUUGGUCCGCGAAAUUGACGAUGGUUCUGUGUCGGCUCUUAUUGAUUUACUCGACGAGAUAUCUAGCAGUCGACAGCAACUAUCCCAGCUGAUUCGAGAAAUCGCCGCUCAUAAGCAGUGUAUUGACAUGGUGUACUAUCAUGCCACCGUUCAACGACGAAAGGAGCUGCUGGCGGCCGAACAGAAACUGAAGUCGGAUAUCAAGUCAACUCUAGUCAGUGUGCGUUUGGGAGAGCAGCCGGUCGAACAGCUGGAAGAAUUACGAAAGUCUUUCGAAGAAGGAGCGCAGUCCCCGUCUGCCAUAUCAUUUUUCAUUUCCAAAUUUGAGUUUUUGAAACAAAAAAUGUCGAUAAUGGAUUUUUUACAGCACGAAGGGGUGACAAUUGUCGGUCACAAAGAGUCACUAACAGAUGUGUUAAUGGAAAAAGGAGCCAGAAAGGACGUGUAUGUGCUGUAUUAUCGUGAGGUUUUUCGAUUUGGAAGUCGUCAUGAGUGGGGUCGUUCAUGGGACGUGUUUCACCGAUAUCUCGAUGAAGAAAAGGAUAAGGACACAUUAUUUAUAUGUGUAGAUUGUGACACAUAUCUGGAUAAGCUGUGGCCCGAUGAACCAACGGUUGCGCUUUACCGGGGAUCAGUCUGCGCGAUUACCAACCUUGUAGCUGAGGAAAACCAUUUAACAAGAGAAUGCAUCGCAAGGGCCGCUUAUAUUGAGCCAAGUCGGAAGCCCAACAAGCGCUGCCUUGUAGAACUUCCCUGUCCCAACUCGGUUCGUCCGGGACGGUGCUUAAACCACAUUCGGAGAUGGAUUUGCGAGAGAUGCAAAGGUCAUUUGGAAUACGGCUUUGACGAUCACCUAUAUUGCUCAUGCGGAAAAGCGGGCGCCAAGGACUUCGCAUUUCGGUGCGAUCAAAUGGUUCACGGCCCCAACGCGAGAUCCUUUUUGCCUGAUCACGAGAGCUAUCUGAGGGAGCAUUUAAGUCGUUUACGGACGAUGAAAGAAACUAACAUUCUAAUUCUCGGUGAAACCGGGGUCGGCAAAUCUACUUGGAUCAAUGGAAUUAUAAAUUAUCUUACGUACGGUGAACUUGGAGAUGCCAAAAAAGGCAAGCUUAAAUGUUGGAUUCCAUUCGAAUUCAUGAAAACCAGUUCAAAUUUCGAUCAGACCAAAGUACGAAUGGAAGCGAACAUCGGCAACACAGGCACCGAAGACGAGUUUGUCGCAGAGAACGUUGGCGUGGAUGGAAGUUCCGUUACUCAGGAACCGCGAUCGUUUGCAUUUCCUUACGGUGAUGGUAUCAUUAGGCUUAUUGACACUCCUGGAGUGGGAGAUACACGAGGCUAUGAGCAGGAUCGUCUUAAUUUCGGAAAAGUGUUGGGCCAUAUUGCGUUUUUAUCUGAAAUACAUGGAAUUUGCAUUCUCCUCAAACCCAAUAAUUCCAGGCUGACGGUUACCUUCCAGUUCUGUAUAAACGAGCUGCUGACGCACCUCCAUAAAGAUGCAGCUGAAAAUAUUAUAUUUGUGUUCACGAACAGCCGAUCGACUUCGUAUUUGCCGGGAGAUACCCUCCCGCCAUUAAAGACCCUCUUGCAGAAUAAGCCUGACUUGAGCAUCCAUUUAUCGCUACAUACGAUGUACUGCAUGGACAACGAAGCAGUACGAUUUCUGGCGGCAGCCGAGAACGGCAUUUCUUUUACGGAAAAAGAGGAAGAGGAUUUUGCAGAAAGCUGGAAAACAUCCGUGGGAGAAACAAGAAGGCUUUUGGACCAUAUCUUCUCGCUUCCGCCCCAUAACACCCGCAAUACUGUAACUUUAAACGAAGCUCGCCGCCUUGUUUUGCAGUUUACGGAACCCUUAGGGAAAAUCUCAACGCUCCUCGAAAACAAUGUGGAACUGAUUAAAUCAAAAAGAGAAGAUUUACAACGCCAAAUUGCCGACAAAACCGUAUUAGAAAAAGAUUUAUACGUCCCAGUGCAGCGCCUACAUGUAAAAUCAAGCUCAGUUCCAAGGACUGUCUGCGCUGCGGCAAAAUGCAUUGAGGUACUCCGCGACGAAAACGGUGAAACGAAGAUCAACUAUAAAACAGUUUGUCAUGAAAACUGCACGCUGAAGGAGGUACCACCCGAGGUGGCGACGCAAGAUAAACUCCGACGGUGCAAUGCUAUGAGAUGGUUUACCCAAAACUGCUCCCGUUGCGGCUGUAAUUAUAAGGAGCACAUGCAUAUUCAUUACGAGUGUUUCAAAAAAGACGAAAAAGUGGUGGAUGUUUCGGUGCGUUCGUUGCUAGAUGCGCAGAGUGGAAUUAUCCGAGCGGCCGAGGAGACUUUAAAACGACUUGAAGAAGCAGAGAAAGAGCUCUUACGCGAAAAAAAAAUCAUCACCCGGGCCUCAUCCAAGUUUGCGUGCUUCUUAAAGGCCAAAUCUAUGGUUCCUUAUAAUGAUGCCCUUGAGGAUUAUUUAGAUUUCUUAAUCAAAAAGGCAGAGCAGUCUCUCGGUCUCCUGAAAGAUGGAGCUACCGAUUCUGACCGGAAACGUUUGGCAGCAUGCAAAAGAAUGCGGGAAAGCUACAAGGAAGAAAGAGAUUUAAUGGAGAGAGCAAGGUCUCAGGGUGCAACCGACGCUGAUAUCACUGCGGAAGGUAUGCGCAAAGAAAUCGAACAGUUGUAUGCACUGAAGAAUUUCGGACAAAAUUUCCGUGAUAUGGUGCGCUUCGAAAAUACAAACGAGUUAGAUCGCAGCAGAUACCGCGAAACUCUGCAUGGAGCAGAAUGCAAUUUCUCGAAGAAGCCAAACAGUCUACAAAAGCGGGCAAAACAAGAAUACAAGGCUUUAAAGAAUAAAGGAAAGGAGACAAUGAAGUCUUUGCAUCUCCUCCCAGGAUCGCGUCAUUAAAACCUGCGUAUUUACAACAUUCGCUCACAUCGCUUCAUAAUAGUUGACGGAAGGACUUCUACCGAUGGAUUCACAGGCUCUGCAGAUGUCGCUUUCACAACUUUGUCUGUAAUCUGUAUCACGUGCUACUUUUAACUGUUUUUGUAUCUGCGGCAUCUGCAAAUCUGUUCCUCGAGUGCCCAUUGUUUUGACGACUUAUCAACAUUACACCACGUCUCACUGUGUACAACAUCCUCGUUAACGUCAUCAUUUAUAAAAUUUACCUGCAAUCUGCGGCAUCAUGGACCCGAAACGUUUUUGGUGAACCGUUUCUUGUUGUGGUUGGAUUGCUAACCAACACCAGAGACACGAUGGGACAGGCAUUGAUUAUAAAAAGUAGUAAAUUUGGGGGAGUGUGGGAUACUGUUGAUACAAGUUAAAACACAUGCUCGGAAAAGAAAACUUAACGUGAACCAUGCCGUAGCCUAUAGAUAGCCUGCGAUAGGCGUCGGCAAGGAGGCUAUAUCAGAUCAGGAUGCCGAAAGCCAGCAAACUGCUAAGGACGCCCAGCACCAGGGCCGUAAUGGUCAAGCACGGGGUCGAUCGAACGUCUGU